AUGGACCCGCCAGCGCCACAAGUAGACAUUAGACUGGAGUUCUUGGGCAAUUUUGUUCAGAAAACAUUGAAACUGAAACCUGAAAAAUGGACACGAAUGAUGUCAAUUGAGGAAAACAAAUCCGUUAUAAAGAAAUUCUUGGAACGACCUUUUCCUAUUCUUCUCGUGAUUGUGCUUACUCAAACCGCCCAAUUAGUAGCCUCGAAUGGGUUUCCUUUAGCACAACUGAAGAGUAAAGGAGUAUACUUCAUAAAGAAAUCCCAAAUACCUGUGUCCAAAACGGUACCUUCAGAAUCCAUUAUAUCUGGGGAUCUUUCUUCGAAAAUUAUCGAUCAGUUGGCAUCUUUGGUGGAUGAGAUUUUAGUCCCACUUCUUUCCAAUCCGAUGAACCACACUGAAUGGCCAGCUGUUAUAGCAAAAGACGUUCACAAACACGUCCACAGCCUUAAAAGCACGGUAUAUCAGGUAAAAGGCCAGGUAAAUGGCCAAACCGUCCUUCCAAUGCCAGUAGGCAUAGAUAAAGUUUUCGAGGUUGAGCGGUCACUCAUAGAGAGUAAUGGAGAAAUUUGCGAUUUGUAUCUGAAGAGUGCAAUCGAAGGAGUGAUCAUAAAGUGGUCAGCACAAAUAAAUGACGUUCUUUUGAACGAUUCGUCAGAGAAAUUGGCAUCUAACGUCAAUCCAGUUCCAGCUGUUGAGUUACAGUUCUGGAGCCAGCGGCUGAAAAACCUCCAGUACAUCUACGAGCAACUGAAGGAACCUAAAGUGAAGAGUAUGGCUGUCGUUUUAGAGAAAACAAAUAGCGCGUACUACAGUUGCUUCAAAAAUCUUUUUAAAAGCACUGUGGUGGCCCUAUCCGAAGCUAAAGACGUCAAUUUGUAUUUGUCUCCACUGAAGAAGCACAUUCAAGCCUUGGAAGAGACCGAUUUCAGCGAAUGCAUUCCACUUUUGGCUCCCACGAUGCAUGUCAUCUGUUUGAUAUGGGUGAACUGCAAAUCGUACGAUCAAGUCAAGCUUAUAAUUCUGUUGAAACAGAUCUGCAAUCUGUUGAUACAAGAGGCUAAAAAAUUUCUAGACCCAACUACAUUAUUCCACAGUGACAUAGAUGAGGCGAUGCUGAGGGUGAAUCACUGUUUACAAGCACUCAAUCAGUUUUCUUUCGUUUUCAAAAUGUACAAACAAAAUUUACACAGAUUUCGCAAGGACGCCGAGCCAGAACCUUGGAAUUUCCAUUCCAAUAUGGUUUUUCAGAGAUUCGAUGCGUUUGUGGAAAGACUCAAAACGAUACGUUGGUUUUUCAAUACCGUGCUAGAAUUUAACAAGCUCGAAAAAGUUGAAAUCGGAGGUAUAAAAGGGAGAACUCUGAGUUCUCGCGUAACUGGUGUUUUUCAUGAAUUCCAGCAAUGCUUUGCACUCUUUUCUGGAAAGUCCUAUGAUGUGCUUGAUCCUGAUGAUCCUUCAUUUGUGUCAGAUUUUGAAAAUUUCAAACAGAAGAUAGUGGAGAUGGACAUGAAACUAGCAGCUAUUUUGUGUCAGGCAUUCGAAGACUGUUCUAACUUGGACAGUAUAUUCAAACUCAUUAGUAUUGCCGGAUCUGUGCUAGACAGACCACUAAUAAAGGAUGAAUUCACCAAUAAGUACGAGAAGAUUUUAGAUAUGUUAGAGAUUGAGAUCAAAAUGACUGAGGCAAUUUUUGAAGAACAAAUGCAUCAUAAGGAGAAAACUGGACAGUUCAUGUUGGACAAAUAUAUGCCUCCAGUGGCAGGGACAUUGCGAUGGACGCGUAAUUUAUGCUCCAGGCUUACAGGUCCCUUAACAAACUUCAAAUCGUUACAGCACCCGAUCGUACAAAGCGCCAGAUCUUGCGAUUUAAUCUCUAGGGCGGAAUCUUUCAUAGAUAUGAUCAACGAGUUCAAUUCGAGAAUAUUCAACGAAUGGGCGGAGUCCGUCCCUUCUCAGAUAGAAAAUAAUUUGAAAAAAAGCCUGUUGAAGCGGAAUAAAAAAAAUAAAGAACUACUUCUGAAUUUCAGUCCUGAGUUAACUGCAAUUCUGAGGGAGGUGCAUUACCUAAAACUAACUAGAGAGUUGAAUAUCCCUAAGAUAGUAUUGAACUUAGCGGACAGAAACGAAGUGUUUCAACAAUACCUCUCGAGCUUGAACUCUUCGAUCACUUGGUACAAUAAAAUUAAGAAAACUUCCAAAGAUGUUGAGUUCGAUUUGAUUGAGAACAAAGUAGCUGAAAUAGACAAGAUGGUAAAGAUCGGAGAAGAAAAUCUGAUUUGGGAAUCACAAGAUUUGUGGAACUAUAUGACAGAGUUGCACAACUCGGUUGGCAGGCUGCAGCAGCAUCUCCAGAAGUGUCAAGAUAAUCUGAAUGAAAUCAAACAAAUAUUGAUACCGUUUGCUCGUCAACCCCUAUUCGAAAGGAAAGACGGGAGAAAAGACACGGUUUUGUGCAUCGAAGAAAAGGGGGAGAGACUCGAAAAAAGAUAUGCAGGUAUCAAUUCCGCAGCAGCCAGAAUAUCGGAAUUAUUGGAAGAGAACAUGAACAUUUUCCAAAUGAACGAUACGCCUGACAACAUAAAAUGGAUUAAGUAUAUCGAUUAUGUUGAUGGUGUGGUCACAAGUUAUUUGUAUCAGUCUGUAGGAUGCAGUUUAGGAUACAUCAACGAGCACAUGGACCCAUCAAACAAUUUGGCGCCCUUUUUUGAAUCCCAGUUGCAACUGUUAGAACCCAACAUCGUUUUUAUUCCUUCGUUGAACCCCAAUGAUCCUGAUGGCCUCAAAAGUUUGAUCAUUGAUCUCACGAACGAAAUAAUAGAUACUUCGUCAAUAGUGAACAGAUUCUCGAAAACUAAGUCAGUAACUUACAAAGAAGAAAUCGAGACAAAUCGUGAUAUUAUAGAAAUAAGAGAAGAUAUUCUGGCCAGUAUCGAUAAAGUUAUAGAAGAAACUUACGAAUUUUGUGAUCAUUUUCAAUCGUACUCGUAUCUGUGGUUGGACGAUCGGGAGCAAUAUCUGGAUCAAUUUUUAACCUACGGGCGACAAUUGAGCAAUGAGGAGAUGGAAUACGUGGGGCUUCAGGAUCCCAUGUCUCCAAAACUGUCCCCACCCAAGAUGGAGCAAUUCAGGGAACAAAUAGACAACUUUGAGAAUCUUUCGGUCGAAGUGGAGAAAAUUAGAGAAGCAGAAAUGUUUGACAAUUGGUUCAAAGUGGAUAUUAGGCCUUUCAAGCAGGCUUUGAUGAAUAUCAUCAGAAAAUGGGGGAACAUGUUCAAACAGCACCUGGUGAACAACGUAACUAACAAGCUCUGCGACUUGAGUCAGUUCAUUCGUUCCGCCGACGAAGGUCUCCAGCAAACCGUCCUAGAAGGCGACUAUCAAGCUCUGGUAAACGUCAUGGGAUACCUUCUCCACGUUAAGGAACGUCAAGCUACUACCGAUGAUAUGUUCGGCCCUCUCAGAGAGACCAUUGAGCUUCUCAAGUUUUAUGAUCAGGACAUUCCAGAAGAGGUCAAUGUCUAUUUGCAAGAAUUGCCUGAACAGUGGAGUAACACAAAGAAAAUUGCUAUUACUGUGAAACAGCAGGUAGCGCCACUUCAAGCCGCAGAGGUGACUUUUAUCAGAAAGCGUAUAGUUGACUUCGAUAACAGGGUGACCUACUACAGAGAGGUCUUCAAAAAGUACUCGUUCUUUCAGUACAGUUGUCCCAACCCUUAUGAGAGUAUCGAUAAGGUCGAUAAGGAUAUGAAGUCACUGGAAAGUAAAAUGAGGGAUAUACAAGAGUCUGGUUCUUUGUUUGAAGUUAGUGUGCCAGAUUUCAAAAUAUUGAAGCAGUGUAGGAGGGAUUUGAGGUUGCUGAAGCAACUAUGGGACUACGUUCAAAUAGUCCACACUUGUGUGGAUGACUGGAAAACAACGCCUUGGCGUAAGAUAGACGUGGAGAACAUGGAUAUUGAAUGCAAAAAAUUCGCUAAAGAGGUUAAGAUGUUGGAUAAAGAAAUGCGUACCUGGGAUACUUACAUCGGUCUAGAAGCAACCGUGAAAAAUACUCUAACAUCUUUGAAAGCUGUGGGUGAACUUCAAAAUUCGGCCAUAAGGGAAAGACAUUGGGAACAAUUGAUGAAGAGUACUAAGAAUUUGGCUGCCUUGCCUCAGGAAUUCACAACCCGAAUAGUUAUGGAUCAUAAUACAACUCUAGCAGAUCUCCUAGCACUAAAUUUGCACGAAUGUGAGGAGGAAGUUAAAAACAUCGUUGAUAAGGCAGUCAAGGAAAUGUCCAUGGAAAAAAUCCUUAGAGAAUUGAACACGACCUGGUCUGCGAUGGAAUUCGAACAAGAAACCCACCUUCGAACUGGCUGUAAGCUACUGAGAGCCAGCGAAGAGCUAAUUGAAACCCUAGAGGAGAAUCAGGUGCAGUUGCAGAAUUUGAUAACUUCUAAGUUUAUUGCCCAUUUUUUGGAGGAAGUUUCCUCUUGGCAGUACAAACUGGGAUUGGCGGAUCAAGUGAUAACGGUUUGGUUCGAAGUACAGAGGACUUGGAUGCAUUUGGAAUCCAUUUUCAUGAGCUCUGAAGAUAUUCGGAAACAGUUACCGGAAGAUUCGGAAAGAUUCGAUAAUAUCGAUACUGAUUUCAAGAAGCUGAUGAUAGAGAUGGCGAAGGUUCCAAAUGUUAUAGACUCAACAAACAAACCUGGUCUCUAUGAAGUUCUCGAAGAACACCAGAAGAACUUAACCUUAUGCGAAAAAGCUCUUGCGGUAUAUUUAGAAACUAAAAGAUUAGCUUUUCCCCGAUUUUAUUUCAUUUCUUCUGCCGACCUGCUCGAUAUUUUGUCAAACGGAAACCAACCUGAGCUCGUCGCUAAACAUUUGACGAAGCUUUUCGAUUCCAUCGCCAAAUUAAACUUUGGAAGAAAGGAAGAUAGCACCUUGGAUAACGUAAUUCACGGGAUGCACGCAAAAGAUGGAGAAUACGUGCACUUCAAUAAACCUACCACGUGUGAUGGACCAGUCGAAGUUUGGCUAAAUUGCGUCCAGGACAGCAUGCGUGUUACGAUAAGAACGUUAAUCGGCGAUGGAGUUCUUUCCUAUGAAGAGAAGCCUCGAGAUCAGUGGCUUUUUGACUUUCCAGCCCAAGUUUCGUUGUGCGGCACCCAAAUCUGGUGGACAACCGAGGUUAACAUCGCCUUCUCCAGACUCGAAGAAGGAUACGAUAACGCUAUUAGAGAUUACUACAAGAAACAAGUGUCUCAGCUGAGCACGCUGAUUUCUCUGUUACUGGGUGACUUGACCAAACAAGAUAGACAGAAAAUCAUGACCAUUUGUACCAUUGAUGUGCACUCAAGGGAUGUGGUCAGCAAACUUAUUCAGAUGAAAGUCGAGAGUGCCUUGGCUUUCCAAUGGGUUUCACAGCUGAGACACAGGUGGGGAGAAAACGAGAGGCAAUGCUUCGCCAAUAUUUGUGAUGCCCAGUUCAGCUACAGCUACGAGUAUCUUGGUAACACCCCCAGGCUCGUCAUAACACCUCUAACAGAUAGGUGUUACAUAACACUGACACAGUCAUUGCAUUUAGUCAUGGGAGGAGGCCCAGCUGGUCCGGCUGGUACAGGAAAAACAGAAACGACUAAAGACCUUGGCCGUGCAUUAGGGAUCAUGGUUUAUGUUUUCAAUUGUUCAGAGCAAAUGGAUUACAAGUCUUGUGGAAACAUCUACAAAGGCCUCGCUCAAACCGGAGCAUGGGGAUGUUUUGACGAGUUCAACAGAAUAUCAGUGGAAGUUCUUUCAGUAGUAGCUGUCCAAGUAAAGUCCGUUCUGGACGCAGUAAAAAACAAAAAAGUGAUGUUUGACUUCAUGGGCGACUCGAUACAGUUAGUACCCACCGUUGGUAUCUUCAUAACCAUGAAUCCUGGAUACGCAGGCAGAACUGAGUUGCCUGAAAACCUAAAGGCUCUUUUCAGGCCGUGUGCUAUGGUGGUUCCUGAUUUCGAACUCAUAUGCGAAAUCAUGUUGGUUGCCGAAGGAUUUCAAGAUGCCAAAAUUCUUGCACGGAAGUUCAUAACCCUUUAUACUUUAUGUAAAGAAUUGUUAUCAAAGCAAGACCACUACGAUUGGGGCUUGCGUGCCAUAAAAUCAGUUUUGGUAGUAGCAGGAUCUCUCAAGAGAGGAGAUCCAGGUAGACCCGAAGAAGAAGUUCUAAUGAGGGCUCUAAGGGAUUUCAAUAUCCCAAAAAUAGUGACAGACGACACUCCGGUGUUUAUGGGUCUUAUAGGAGAUUUAUUUCCAGCCCUAGAGGUCCCAAGGAAACGAGACGCAGAGUUUGAGAGAACUGUUAAACAGGCUGCGAUAGAUCUAAAGUUGCAACCUGAAGACAACUUCAUUCUAAAGGUAGUUCAGCUAGAAGAACUAUUGGAAGUUCGUCAUUCAGUUUUCAUUGUGGGUAACGCCGGUACCGGUAAGACGGAAGUUUGGAAAACUUUAUUCCGGACCUACAUGAACAUAAAAAAGAAACCCGUUUGCAAUGAUCUGAAUCCGAAAGCCGUCACAAAUGAUGAACUCUUUGGAAUUAUCAAUCCUGCGACGAGAGAAUGGAAAGAUGGCUUACUAUCUGUAUUGAUGCGAGAUCAAGCGAACUUACCUGGAGACAAUCCAAAAUGGAUAAUACUUGACGGAGACAUAGAUCCAAUGUGGAUAGAAUCUUUAAACACCGUCAUGGAUGAUAAUAAAGUGCUUACUUUGGCCAGCAACGAAAGAAUUGCGUUGACGCCUGUGAUGAGAUUGCUUUUCGAAAUUUCUAAUUUGAAAACGGCCACACCAGCUACAGUUUCUAGGGCUGGAAUUUUAUACAUCAAUCCUCAGGAUCUUGGCUGGAAUCCAUAUGUCACUAGUUGGAUCGAAACUAGGGACGUCCCUGGGGAAAAAUCAAACUUGAUAAUGCUUUUUGAUAAAUACAUUCCAGUUUGUUUGGAAAAUGUGAGGACGAGGUUCAAAAAAAUAACCCCAAUCACAGAAACAUCGCAUCUUGCCAUGUUGUGUCAUUUGCUAGACUGCAUUUUGACGCCCAGUAAUACACCACCUGACUGUCCAAAAGAGUGGUAUGAGUUGUAUUUUGUUUUUUGUUGCGUCUGGGCUUUUGGAUCGGCAAUGUUUCAGGAACAGGCAACCGAUUAUAGAGUGGAAUUUACCAAAUGGUGGGUGAAUGAAUUUAAAACUGUCAAAUUUCCGACAGGAGGAACAAUUUUUGACUAUUUCAUUGAUAAUGAAACGAAACAAUUUGUUCCGUGGACUGAAAGCUUAGGUCGUUUCGAAUUAGAUCCAGACAUCCCACUACAGGCAGUGCUAGUUCAUACAACCGAAUCCAUCAGGAUCAGAUACUUCCUGGAUCUUUUGAUGGCAAAACGCCAUCCUGUAAUGUUAGUGGGAAAUGCUGGAUGUGGAAAAACUGUGCUAGUCAGUGAAAAACUCGCUUCUUUAUCUGAUAAUUAUGCAGUGACAAACGUUCCAUUCAAUUUCUACACAACCUCAGAGAUGCUUCAGAAAAUUCUGGAAAAACCGCUUGAGAAGAAAGCUGGUAAAAAUUACGGUCCUCCUGGAAAUAAAACUCUCAUUUAUUUCAUAGAUGAUAUGAAUAUGCCAGAGGUUGAUGGGUACGGAACUGUGCAACCCCACACUCUGAUUAGACAACACCUAGACUAUAAGCACUGGUAUGACAGAAAUCGUCUCACUUUGAAAGAUAUCCACAACUGCCAGUAUGUGUCCUGUAUGAACCCUACGGCAGGCAGCUUCACCAUAAAUCCAAGGCUCCAACGUCAUUUUUGCGUCUUCGCCAUAAGCUUCCCUGGUACUGAAGCUCUCACAUCCAUCUAUUACUCGAUUUUGAGCCAACACCUUUCCAACAUGGAACACAAGUUUCCAUCUUUCAUCGUGAAAAUGGGGGAGACCAUCGUUACAGCAACUGUUGCUCUGCAUCAUAAAGCUUCGCAAAUAUUUCUGCCAACAGCUGUGAAAUUUCACUAUAUUUUCAAUUUGAGAGACAUUUCAAAUGUUUUUCAGGGUCUACUUUUUAGCACCAACGAAUGUCUCAAUGGACCUACAGAUUUAGUUAGACUGUGGUUACACGAGUGUCAAAGAGUAUACGGAGAUAAACUGACAGAAGAGAAAGAUAUCGAUGCUUUCGCCAAAUUACAGUUGGAUACGUUCAAAAAGAACUUCGAGGAAAUCGAUGAAUCCAUAGUGUUUGAGAAACCAAACAUCUACUGCCAUUUUGCUGGCGGAAUAGGUGAACCGAAAUAUAUGCCGAUAAAAAAGUGGACAACACUGAACAAGUUGCUGAACGAAGCGAUGUCCAGUUACAACGAUUUAGUAGCAGCAAUGAACCUGGUACUUUUCGAAGAUGCCAUGAUGCAUAUUUGCAGAAUCAACAGAAUUUUGGAAUCGCCUCGAGGAAGUGCACUACUAGUGGGCGUUGGAGGAAGCGGAAAACAGUCAUUAGCUAGAUUAGCUGCUUUCAUCUCAUCACUGGAAGUAGCACAAAUUCAACUCAAAAAGGGAUAUGGCGUAUUAGACUUAAGAAAUGAAAUGUCGUCAUUAUUCCUGAAGAGUGGAUUGAAGAAUGUUGGAAUAAUGUUUCUCAUGACCGAUGCUCAGGUUCCCAAUGAACAAUUCCUUGUCUUGAUCAAUGACAUGCUCGCUUCCGGGGAAAUACCUGACAUGUUUCCAGAUGAUGAAAUUGAAAACAUCAUAGCUGGAGUGCGGAAUGAGGUGAAAGGAGCUGGGAUGCUUGACACGAGAGAAAACUGCUGGAAAUUCUUCAUAGAUCGAGUACGGAGGCAAUUGAAAUUGGUAUUAUGCUUUUCGCCAGUUGGUUCCACUUUGAGAGUAAGAUCCAGGAAAUUUCCCGCUAUCAUAAACUGUACCCAGGUUAACUGGUUCCACGAAUGGCCACAAGAGGCGUUGGUAUCGGUCGCUAGCACCUUUUUAGAAGAACUAGAAGUUCUACCGGGAGCCUUGCGAGAUUCUUCGGCUCGUUUCAUGGCUUAUGCGCAUGCAUCGGUCAAUAAUAUCUCGAAAGUAUUUCUUGCGAAUGAAAGAAGAUAUAACUAUACCACUCCAAAGUCGUAUCUGGAACAAAUUACAUUGUAUUCCAAAUUGCUUCGUCAGAAAAACAAAGAUUUGCAGUCCAAGGUACUCAGAUUAGAAAACGGCUUAGACAAAUUAAGAAGCACUGCAAAACAGGUGGAUGAGUUGAAGAAAAAACUGGCUAUCCAGGAGAUCGAGCUUAAAGAAAAAAAUGAUGCAGCAGACAGGCUCAUCGAAAUAGUGGGAGUAGAAACUGAAAAGGUGUCGAUCGAAAAGAAUCUGGCUGAUGAAGAGGAAGAAAGGGUUGCGGCUAUCGCUGAAGAAGUAUGUAAAAAGCAGAAAGACUGUGAGGAAGACUUGGUGAAAGCUGAACCAGCUCUGCUAGCAGCUCAAGAAGCCCUGAAUACUUUGAACAAGGCGAAUUUAACGGAGUUGAAAUCUUUCGGUUCUCCACCAGGAGCUGUCACCAACGUUACUGCAGCUGUUAUGGUUCUCCUCUCUCCCGCUGGUAAAGUGCCCAAAGACCGCAGCUGGAAAGCAGCAAAAAUCGUCAUGGCGAAAGUAGACGCCUUCCUUGAUUCCCUCAUUAACUACGACAAGGAAAACAUUCAUCCUGAAGUGAUCAAAGCGAUAGAACCGUAUCUGAAAGACGCAGAAUUCGAACCUGAGUUUGUAAGAUCAAAAUCCGCUGCUGCAGCUGGCCUCUGUGCUUGGGUUAUCAAUAUAAUAAAGUUCUAUGAGGUAUUCUGCGAUGUGGAGCCUAAAAGGAAAGCUUUAGCUGCGGCUAAUGCUGAGUUGGCAGCUGCUCAAGAGAAACUGAAUAGUAUCAAGAAGAAAGUAGCGUCUCUGGAGGAACAGUUGGCAAAACUGACAGCAGAUUUUGAGACAGCUACCACAGAAAAACUCUUGUGUCAGCAAGAAGCUGAUGCGACUAAUGCCACAAUACAGUUAGCCAAUAGGCUCGUUGGUGGCUUAGCUAGCGAAAAUGUUCGUUGGGCAGAAGCCGUGAACAGUUUCAUAGAGAACGGAAAAAUGAUGCCUGGAGAUGUACUUUUAACGACAGCUUUCAUAUCUUAUGUGGGAUGCUUCACGAAGCAAUAUAGACUGGAUCUACUUUACAAAAUGUGGUUACCAUUUCUCAACACCUUAGAACCACCUGUACCCAUUACGGCAAAUCUGGAUCCUCUUUCACUGCUGACAGACGAUACUAUCGUUGCCAAAUGGCAUAAUGAAGGGCUACCAAGUGAUAGAAUGUCCACAGAGAAUGCAACAAUUUUGUCCAAUUCUGAACGUUGGCCUUUGAUGAUUGAUCCACAAUUGCAAGGUAUAAAGUGGAUUAAACAGAGAUACGGGGAUGAACUGAAAGUGAUACGUUUAGGCCAAAAAAGUUAUCUAGAUGUGAUAGAAAAAUGCAUUACCGAAGGAUCUACUGUUCUAUUAGAAAACAUUGAAGAAAACGUAGACCCAGUUUUAGAUACGUUGUUGGGGAGAUAUUUGAUAAAAAAAGGAAAGGCCAUCAAAAUUGGAGACAAGGAAAUCGAGUAUAAUCCAAACUUUCGCCUAAUUUUACAUACUAAGCUCGCUAAUCCGCAUUAUAAGCCUGAAAUGCAAGCACAGGCCACGCUUAUCAAUUUCACAGUAACAAGAGAUGGUCUAGAGGAUCAGCUCCUAGCAGAAGUUGUGAAGGCAGAAAGACCAGAUCUAGAAGAAUUGAAGGCAGAUCUAACCAAACAACAAAACGAUUUUAAAAUUAUUUUGAAAUCAUUGGAAGACGACUUACUGUCUCGUCUGUCUUCAGCUGGAGGGAAUCUUCUGGGAGACACGACGCUGGUGGAAAAUUUAGAAACCACGAAAAGAACAGCUGCAGAAAUAGAAGUAAAAGUUGCUGAAGCUAAGAUAACUUCUAGUGAGAUAGAUCAGGCACGAGAACAUUAUAGACCAGCCGCAGCUAGAGCUAGUUUAUUGUAUUUCAUUCUGAAUGAUUUGAAUACGAUCAAUCCGAUUUAUCAAUUCUCUCUGAAGGCAUUUAGUGUUGUUUUUCAAAAGGCGAUAGCAAGAGCAGACCCUGCUGAAUCUGUUAUAGACAGAGUGAACAAUUUGAUAUCUUGCAUAUCUUUCUCAGUUUUCCAGUACACUACCAGAGGUUUAUUUGAAUGCGACAAGCUAAUAUUUGCUUCUCAGAUGACUUUCCAGAUUUUACUAAUUAGUGAAGAAAUACUAGCAGCAGACUUGGAUUUUCUCUUGAGAUUCCCAAUAAAACCACACGUAACUAGCCCAGUAGAUUUUCUAUCCAACACUAGCUGGGGUGGAAUCUGCAGUCUUGCAACCAAAGACGAGUUCAGGAACUUAGACAGAGAUAUCGAAAACUCUCCAAAACGAUGGAAGAAGAUCGUAGAUUGUGAGUGUCCAGAAAGAGAGAAAUUCCCACAAGAAUGGAAGAGCAAAACAGCCUUGCAAAGAUUGUGCAUGAUGAGAGCUCUUAGACCCGACAGAAUGAUAUACGCAAUGAUGGCAUUCAUAGAAGAGAAGUUAGGAUCCAAGUACGUAGAGAACAAAACAGUAGAAUUCGAAAAGUCCUACGAAGAAACCAGUCCGACGACACCAAUUUUUUUCAUCUUAUCCCCAGGAGUCAACCCUUUGAAGGACGUGGAAGAUCUCGGCGAAAAAAUGGGUUUUACCUCGGACAGACAAAACUUCCACAAUGUCAGUUUAGGUCAAGGUCAGGAAGAGGUUGCUGAAAAAGCCAUGGAGGUUGCUGCAAAAUAUGGUCAUUGGGUGGUAUUGCAGAAUAUUCAUUUAGUUAAAAAAUGGCUUCCUCUACUGGAGAAGCAGCUGGAAAAGUAUGCCGAAGGAUCUAAUCCUAAUUACAGAGUGUUCAUGAGCGCGGAACCUGCUGCUAGUGCGAGUGCACAUAUAAUACCGCAGGGUAUUUUGGAAUCUUCUAUUAAAAUAACGAACGAACCUCCUACGGGCAUGCAAGCAAAUCUUCAUAAGGCACUCUCCAACUUCAACCAAGAAACUCUGGAACAAUGCGGCAAGGAGGCUGAAUUCAAGGUCAUUUUGUUCUCCCUUUGCUACUUUCACGCGGUAGUAGCAGAACGCAGAAAAUUCGGACCCCAAGGGUGGAACAAAAUAUACCCAUUCAAUGUUGGUGAUCUCAAUAUCAGCGUUUUUGUUCUCUUCAACUAUCUAGAAGCUAAUUCGAAGGUGCCUUGGGAAGAUUUGAGAUACUUAUUCGGAGAAAUUAUGUAUGGUGGUCAUAUAACUGACGACUGGGACAGGCGUUUGUGUAUAACUUACUUGGAAGAACUUCUCCAACCCGAUUUGGUUGAUGGUGAACUUAUGUUAGCUCCAGGUUUUCCAGCUCCACCCAACACCGAUUACGUUGGUUAUCACACUUAUAUUGACGAUAUGAUGCCAUCGGAGUCUCCUUAUCUUUAUGGACUCCAUCCGAAUGCUGAAAUCGGUUUUCUGACCACCACAGCAGAUGAAUUGUUCAGAACAGUAUUUGAAAUGCAGCCUAGAGAUGGAGGCUCAACAGGUGGCACCACGAUCACGAGAGAGGACAAAGUGAAGCAAAUGGUAGACGAAAUGAUGGAAAAACUACCAGAAGACUUCAAUAUGAUCGAAAUAAUGGGAAAAGUUGAAGAACGAACUCCAUAUGUCAUUGUAGCCUUUCAAGAAUGCGAAAGAAUGAAUCAUCUAACCGGAGAAAUUAAAAGAUCCCUAAAAGAAUUGGAACUGGGAAUCAAGGGGGAACUAACCAUAACAUCAGACAUAGAAGAUCUAGAAAAUGCUCUGUUCUUGGAUCAGGUACCUCCGAUUUGGGGUCUUAGAGCUUACCCAUCAUUACUGGGUCUUACAUCAUGGUUUGUGGAUUUAUUAUUGCGUAUAAGGGAACUCGAGACGUGGUCCACGGAUUUUGUGCUUCCUGCAUCAGUAUGGCUGGGGGGUUUUUUCAAUCCCCAAUCACUAUUAACUGCUAUCAUGCAGAGUACCGCAAGACGAAAUGAACUACCUUUGGAUAAAAUGUGUCUGCAGUGCGAUGUUACGAAAAAACAGAAAGAAGAGUUCACGAGUGCCCCGAGAGAUGGAGCUUAUAUCCAUGGUCUACACAUGGAAGGAGCCAGAUGGGAUGUCCAGACGGGCAUCAUCAUGGAUUCGAGACUGAAAGAGCUCUUUCCCGCCAUGCCAGUUAUCAAUGUAAGAGCAAUCACGCAGGACAAGCAAGAUUUGAGAAACAUGUACGAAUGCCCGGUGUAUAAGACCCGAACGAGAGGGCCCACAUAUGUUUGGACGUUCAAUUUGAAAAUCAAAGACAAACCGGCCAAGUGGACCUUGGCAGGAGUUGCUUUGUUAUUACAAACUUAACUUAUAAUAUUUUAGCGGACUUUUUAUGUCCUUCCACAAAAGCCAAUUAUUCAGUAUUAAUAGUUGAACACUAAGAAUAUAAAAUGCAAUAAUU